GAGUUGCUGGCGGGGGACUCGGCAGUAGCGGCAGCGGAGGCAGCCUCGGCAUCUGGCGCUUCGACCGCCGGGGAGUGAGGGAGGGAGAGAGCUCGAGCCGGAGCCGUAUCGCCAAGCGGGCCAAAGCGCCGCCUCCUUCUCCUGCCUCUCGGGGCCGCGCCCCUCCGCGGGCUGGCUCCCCGAGCCGCUGUCUCGGUCCCAGGAGGCGAAGGGAAGUUGGGAGCCCCCGGCCCCGCAGCCUCCCCGGGAGCCCCGCGCCGAGGGAGAAUUUUUCCUUUGAAGACUGCUUUAAAUACAACCCAGAAAUUCCGGAUUCUCAGAUGCGCAUAAUGAACAAGUUUUAAUUCAAAGAGAAGCAGAGCACAUCCUCAUACAGCAUGGAAACAGUUUUGGCAGAAGGCGGGGAUCUUGAACGAAAUUUGCAUGUUGGUGAUGCCAAAGAUGUCCAUGGGCCAUCAACCUUGGUAACAAACAGUGAUGAUUCACACCUUCUGACCUCAGCAAAGAUGAAUCAGCGACAGGGAAAAGAAGCCUACCUAACUCCAACCAAAGAUUUGCUUCAGCCAUCACUGAGUCCAGGAAGUGCUCACAGCCAGGGUUUUGAAAGAGGAAAGGAUGAUCUGUCUCAAAAUAGAGAAGAGACAUCACAUUCUAUGUCAAAAAGCAAGUCUGAAUCCAAACUUUAUAAUGGCUCAGAGAAGGAUAUUUCUUCUUCAAGCAAGCUCACCAAAAAGGAAUCUCUUAAGGUACAAAAGAAAAAUUAUCGAGAAGAAAAGAAGAGAGCCACAAAAGAAUUACUCAGUACAAUCACGGACCCUUCAGUUAUUGUUAUGGCUGAUUGGCUGAAGAUUCGUGGUACACUUAAGAGCUGGACCAAGCUUUGGUGUGUGUUGAAACCUGGAGUGUUGCUGAUUUAUAAAACUCAAAAAAAUGGUCAGUGGGUGGGAACAGUGCUUCUGAAUGCCUGUGAACUUAUUGAGCGACCAUCCAAAAAGGAUGGCUUUUGUUUCAAACUUUUCCAUCCUUUGGAACAGUCCAUUUGGGCAGUUAAGGGCCCCAAAGGUGAAGCAGUUGGAUCUAUAACUCAGCCUUUGCCUAGCAGUUAUUUGAUCAUCCGAGCUACUUCAGAAUCAGAUGGCAGGUGCUGGAUGGAUGCUUUGGAAUUGGCUUUGAAAUGUUCUAGUCUUCUUAAACGCACAAUGAUCAGGGAAGGUAAAGAACACGACCUGAGCAUGUCAUCAGAAAAUACACACGUGACUUUCUAUGGCUUACUACGUGCUAACAAUCUCCACAGUGGUGACAACUUUCAAUUAAAUGACAGUGAAAUUGAACGACAACAUUUUAAGGACCAAGAUAUGUACUCUGAUAAAUCUGAUAAGGAAAAUGAUCAUGAACAUGAUGAAUCUGACAAUGAGGGAAUUGGGAAAAGUGAAGAAAGCGAUACAGAUACAUCAGAAAGACAGGAUGAUUCCUAUAUUGAGCCUGAGCCCACUGAACUUCUUAAAGAGACUACUUACACAGAGCAGGCCCAUGAAGAACUUGGAGAGGCAGGUGAGGCUUCUCAAACAGAAACUGUAUCUGAAGAAAACAAGAGUCUUAUAUGGACAUUGCUGAAACAAGUUCGUCCAGGGAUGGACCUCUCCAGGGUUGUUCUGCCUACAUUUAUCUUGGAACCUCGUUCUUUUCUGGAUAAACUCUCUGAUUACUACUAUCAUGCAGAUUUCCUCUCUGAGGCAUCUCUUGAAGAAAAUCCUUAUUUCCGCUUGAAAAGAGUAGUGAAAUGGUAUUUGUCAGGAUUCUAUAAAAAGCCAAAGGGAUUAAAGAAACCAUAUAAUCCUAUACUUGGCGAGACUUUCCGCUGUCUCUGGGUUCAUCCAAGGACGAACAGCAAGACCUUUUAUAUUGCUGAACAGGUGUCCCAUCACCCACCUAUUUCUGCCUUCUAUAUUAGCAACCGAAAGGAUGGUUUUUGCCUUAGUGGUAGUAUCCUGGCCAAGUCCAAGUUCUAUGGGAAUUCGCUAUCUGCCAUACUGGAAGGAGAAGCACGUUUAACUUUUUUGAAUAGAGGUGAAGAUUAUGUGAUGACGAUGCCAUAUGCUCAUUGUAAAGGAAUUUUGUAUGGCACGAUGACUUUGGAGCUUGGGGGAAUUGUCAACAUUACAUGUCAGAAAACUGGAUAUAGUGCAGUACUUGAAUUCAAAUUAAAGCCAUUUCUAGGUAGCAGUGACUGUGUUAAUCAGAUAUCAGGGAAGCUUAAACUGGGAAAAGAAGUGUUGGCUACUUUGGAAGGCCAUUGGGAUAGUGAAGUUAUUAUUAAUGAUAAGAAGACUGAUUCUUCAGAGAUCUUCUGGAAUCCAACUAGUGAAAUUAAACAGCGGAGACUAAUAAGGCACACUGUAAAAUUUGAAGAGCAGGAACCAUUUGAAUCAGAGAAGCUGUGGCAACGGGUUACUCGGGCCAUAAAUGCCAAAGACCAGACAGAAGCUACUCAAGAGAAAUGCGUUUUAGAGGAAGCUCAAAGAAAGGCUGCCAGAGAACGGAAAGGGAAAAAUGAAGAAUGGGUUUGCAAAUUAUUUGAACUUGAUUCAGUCACGGGAGAAUGGCAUUAUAGAUUCUCCGACACCCGGCCAUGGGAUCCUCUGAAUGAUCUGAUACAGUUUGAAAAGGAUGGUGUCAUCCAAACUAAAGUCAGACAUCGGACACCAAUGGUUAGUGUUCCAAAAAUGAAGCAUAAGCCAAGCAGGCAAACGAAGAAAGUGGUAAAAGGCUAUUCCUCACCAGAACUUGAUAUCCAAGACUCCUCUGGAAGUGAAGCUCAAGUACUAAAACCAAGUUCCAGAAGAAAGAAGACAGUAGAUCUUGCAGACCUACAGAGUUCCAUUGAAUCUAUAAAACAAACACAAGAAGAAAUUAAAAGAAAUAUUAUGGCUCUACGAAAUCAUCUUGUUUCAAGUUCUACUGCCACAGACUAUUUCCUACAACCGAGAGACUACUUCAUCAUUUUCCUGCUGAUUUUGCUACAGAUCAUAAUAAACUUCAUGUUUAAGUAGAAUUCCGUAUAUAAUUGAAUCAAUGAAAUGGAAUGAUUAGAUUUAGCCUGGGACCAUUUUUUCAAGUUGGUUUGGAUUUUAUUCAAACAAUGCAAUAUUUUUAAAAGAACCUUAGAGAUCUAGAAGUUUUGACCUCUCAUGCCUUGUAUCCUUAACCGGAACAAGACCUGUCCUAUCUGGUUAACGUGAAAAUUGCGUAAGUGCCAGAACAUUUCUUGUUUUUAUCCAUCUGUUUGCAUCUGUGCCGGUGUACAGAGUAUAUCCAUACAGGUCCUAUAGGCUUAGUACCUGACUGUAGUCAUGUAUUCUAUAGUAAUGUUCCAAUCUGUAGUCAUGCCAUGUUGUUAACAAAAAUGCUGUUCAGUUUAUAAAACAAUGUACAGUGGUCCGUUUUCUUCAUAAAACAGGCACAAAAUUUUUAUUGAUAAUGACUUAGAAUAUGGGAAAAAUAGAGAAAUCAUGACACCUAAAGAAUUUGCUGUGUUGUACUGUACACAGAUCACUUCCAAAAGACCUAACUUUUAUCUCUCUCUUCUUAGAAACAUAAAAAAGAAAAACAUGUUGAUGGUAUAUAUGGUGACAUUUGAUCAAAAACCAAAUUUAUGUGAAGGAUUUUUGUUUUUUGUGUGGACCCUUAGCAUAUGUUUAAUGUUUAACUUUUGGUAUGGACAUGUUUGUGUAUGUACAUAUAGAAAAGUCCACCUUCUUCUCUGUGUCUGGUAAUGACCUUUGUAUUUCUUUUGUCAUGCUUUAUGAUGCCCCCUUGAGCACAUCCUAGAAGAUAUUUCUGUAAAUUUCUUUAAGUAAGACCCACCAAUGUUAAUGGCCUACCACCACUUCCACCACUGUGAAUCUAAAUUUCAGGAAGACAAGAGAACUUAAUUUCAUUAUAGUAAAUUGGAAGAAAACUGGUUUGGGUAUCAAAUUACCUUUGCUAUCUGAAUUUUUUUAAAUGUAGAACUCAGAAAUGACUGCUGUCUAUGACCUCACGUACAGCCUAUAGUAAUUUAAGUGGUUUAUGAAACAGAUGAAAUGAGAUAAUUCAGGUUAUUUUAUCAGUAAUUGGUUUGUUUUAGGAAUGGUUCCUGAACUUUCAUUUAUACCUUAAACUUUUAGUGGCUAAAGAGCACAGAAAACUAUAAUUACCUUUAAAUUUUUUUACUCUAGAAGCUAAAAGGCAGUAGAAAAUGAGAGAUAAUGGUCCGGAUGUAUUUCUGCAAAUUGUUUCUGUUUUUAAUCACUUUUAAGAUACACAGCAAUGUUACAUACCCAAGAAGGGCUCAGAAACUUAAUCCUUUGUUUUCCCCUCACUAUUCUUAGUAAUUGAAAACCCACGUCAAUCACAUUGCUGUAGGAUCCUAUUUUGUGUUUAGAGCUCCACAAUACAAAGUAAGACAGUUUAGUUGUUUAAUUUAAAAUGUUGGACUUUUUUUUGGAUUUUCACAAGCUUUUUGUAGUAUUCAAAAGCAAUUUUUGUGAAUUACUUAAAUGCUUAAAUAUUAAAUUCUUAAAUGCUUAAAUAUUAUAAAAGAUUUUUAUACUACUGAGAAUACAGAUUAUCAGAUUUAUCAGUAAUAAGGGCAGAGAGAAGACACAUUCUUAUAAAGUUUUGACUUUAACAAAAUAAACACCAUAAGCCAGCUAGAACAGAGUAAGAGAUGUAUGGGGAAUUAUGAAAACUGAGUAGGCUACAUCUUACUGAUCUAAGUAUCCUAAGUAGAAUGCUUACGUAAUAGGAAUCUUACAAACAUAUGAAGAUCCAAUUUCUCAUGCAUAAUUAGCAAAAUAAGUGUACCUAUUUAUUCAUUUGGAAAUAAUCAUAUAGGUAAAGAUAAAAGAUUACCUGUAUUAAACAUUUUCAUAUUAGAAACCACAAUAUUGCAAGCUAUACUUUGAAUUUUCUCCAUUUACUCAUUCCACUGCCCAUGUUUAGCUUCCGUCUACAUAUCUGUUGGUAUGUAUAAAAUGCUAUUUUAUAAACAAAUAUUGGCAGUUUGAAAAAAAAUUAUUUAAAUUAGUAUUGAUAUACAUAUAUUACUUUACCUUCAUGUUUCAGUUCAGUUUAAAAUGGAAACAUUUUUGUUGAUGAGCUGAUGGUGGUGUGUGGUUGGUGGUUAGGUCUAUCCGUUUUUAUUCUUAUGUUUGUAUAUAAUUGUUAAGAUAUAGAUGUGCUGGAAAAAUACCCCUGCUUAAUCUAAAAGAUGGUCUCUUAUUCCCAGUUAUAUGACAGAUCUGAUAUAAGUUCAAUUCCUAACUAAGGAGGCAGAGAAUAUUUCACAAAACUUACAAAUGUAAAAGUAACAGCAAGAUUUUUCAUGACUGUUUUUAUUGUAAGCUUAAAAGCACAUAUCUGAUUCAAUAUUUCCUAAUGUUUUUAGUCACAUGAAGUUCCUUUCUGUGAGCUGAACUCGUACAACACUCAGGAAUUGGUGGCUUAGUAUUAGACCAAUGCUGGUAAUAGGCUUGGUAUAUGAAUCCUUUUAAACACAUAAUUAACUUUGUAUUUAGCCAUAACAUGUCGUUGACCUUGAAUGUCCUUUACUUGAGAGUAACCCGUUUUUCUUCUACACAUUGAUAAAAAACUGUGAUUGUAUAGUCUGCAGUUGUCUGAGGCUAAUGCCUCCUCUUCUAAAAGGUUCAAGGAUUAAACUCCUUAAGACCUGUUUUCUCAUUUGAUUACUCUCUUUUCUGCAUAGAAAUUUAGAGAAGUGAUGUUUUUGUUUUUAAAUGUUAACCUUUAAUUUUCUUUUAGUGAUAUGCAUUUGGCCUAUGAAAAGAGAGUAUAUGAGCCUUGUGAAAUGUUAAGUAGUUACAGCAAUAGAUAAUUUUUCUUAUAUUUCACAUGCCACUACUUUUUUGCAGCACUUAUAAAGGUACAGUAUAGUUUUAUUCACUUUAGCACAAAUAGCCAUCUGCAUUCCAUUGAAUUUUGCCUUGUAAAAUAUAGCACUCAUUUAAUAUUUAUGCUUUUGUGCCUCUAGGAAAUCUUUUUGCCACUUGUAUUUACUGGGACAAAAUCUGAAUUCAAAGUAUUUGUUAACAAUUCAGUAGACUUUUUUUUUUUCUUAAAGGGGUCAUUGUCACUUUAUUUUCUUUUAUAAAUAUAUUUAAACAGUAAUGCUGUACUUUUAUAAGCGUUUGUCUAAUUACUGUACUUAAAGUAUAUCCUCCACUCUUCAGACAUCACAGAAAUAGAUUUGUCAGAUCAUUUCUGAGUAUUGUAAACAGUGCCUUUUUGAUGAAUUCACACUGUUUGGGGAUGUAUAAAGAACUUGUCAAUUUGUGCCAUAUAUACAUUAAAAAAAAACUUUUGUGGGAGGCAGUUACUUUUAACUUUUUGAAAACUAUCUCACUCUUAGUCAAAUAUCUUAAGGAAAUGUAUACAAUUCCAUUUUCCCCUAGUUUUUAGUAUUUCUACUGAGUGGUAGACAUCUGUACUCUUUGUUUUCUAUAUAGUGAAGGUAUAAUGCAUUGUGGCAUUAUUGAAGAGCCAUAAAUGACAUCAUAGAUUAUUUGAAUUCAUUAUGUUAAAUAUGCAAAAAAUGAAACUAACUAUUUAGAACUAAAUUGACAUUUUAAACCAUCUCAAAAAAAUAGAAACUAAUACGUUUACAUUUCAACUUUUGUUUAACUGGGAAAAUAAUUCUUUAAAAUGCAUAGCCUGCCACUAAUAUGUACUUUUAUUUCAUUUUGUUCUAGCUAAAGAAUGUCAUACUGGCAUUUUUUAUUUUCUCUUUUGUUAUUUUAACAUAUUGCUUGUUUUUGUACUGUUAACAUUUUAGAAUUGAAAAUGGACUGUUAAAAGUUGUAUAGGACCAGUGUAAUUAAUUUGAUUAAUAUAUAUGUAUGUAUAUUUAUAUGAACAUAAGUAUAAAUAUAUAUAUGUAUAGAAGAGCCACAAAGAAACCCAUGACAAAAUGAAUGUGAAUGUUCUUCCUAAAAUAUUUAUUUAGAAAAAUUAUUUCAUGUUUCUGCGUCUAUCAUGUAAAAUUAUUUUAGUGUCACAUUAUUGAAAGUUAUUUAAAGAAAAACGUAAUGUAACAUUCAAGAUAAUGAGCCACAAAAAUUCAGUUGGAGUUUUCACUGUAUGGCAUGCUAAGUGUAAACCCAAGUUAAACAUCUUGUUAAUGGCCAUUUGUAAAUUAAAGCACUACCACUGGUCAAUAGUUUUGUAUGAUUAAUAGAAUAAAGAGAUGUUAUCUGCGA